AAUUACACUCUUUUCGACGAGAACUCCGAGGCGGCUGCAAGAUCGUUCGUGGCGUUCGAAGACCAGAGAUCCUCGCAGUCCGCGGCCGAGGCUAUGGAUCGCGAUGGCGUGCUUUUCUUCGGUUUGAUGUCUGAUCUAGCGAUCGCUUGCUGGAACAGCAAGCACUAUCCACGGUACGGGAAUGGAAACAUCGAGAUAAUCGUUAGGAACUCGGAGACGCUGCAAUUCCCCUCUGGCAUGAAGAUUAUAACGUCGAAGAGAGGCAGGCAAGAGCUGUGGAUCCUCACGGCGUCAUUCCAGAAAUACAUGGCCGGCACGUUGCACUCGAACGAGACGAACUUCAGGAUCCAAGCUGGCUUCGUGGACGAGUUGAUCCGCGGCACGAAAUGCGACUUCUCCGACUACUAUCGUCGGAACUUUCGGCCAUUUUUUACGAACGAUCCUCCUUCCGAGUCCCGCUAUUUUCGAAGAUUAUUAUCACCUGAUCAUUACCUGAGCCAUCCUCUUGGCAUUAGCUCCACGAAACACGUGGAUCAGACAUAUCUGAUCAGAAGAUUUCUACCUGUGUUCCUUGGUGUAAUUAGCCAUGGGACAAAUUCUGCAGCGAGGGAUUUUAGUAACACGAUGGAAGUGAUUCACGAGUGGAAAUAUAUUGAUUUUGUUUCGAAUGACGGGGAAGAAGCCUCUAGAGACUAUACGAAAUUUGUACCCAUCGACGUGGAUCGAUGGCGCAAUUACACUUUUGUCACGGUGAUAAGACAGGAAGAAGAUAUCCCUUCGUCCUUGAACACCAUAACUGACAGAAAUGGUCCUGGUGGCCCUCUCCUGGCACCGUAUCCCGAUUGGAGCUGGGCCAACGUCAAAAACUGUUCCGCCAUUAUAAGCGUUUAUCGAGUUGCGAUCGACAGGUGCGACAGAUUGUGGGUUCUGGACACAGGUGUUGUCGGCACGGAUCAGACCUGCCCUGCAAAACUCGUCGUGUUCGAUCUGCACACGUCCCGAUUGCUAAGACGGAUCGAAAUACCGAAGGACGUCGCGACGAACUCGACUACCGGUUCCGGGCUGCUCGUCACACCGGUUGUCCAAACUUUUGGACACAAUUGCAAGAGGACCAACGUGUAUAUAUCAGACGUGGAGGGUUAUGGUUUAAUCGUUUACGAUGGCGACGAUUCGUUUCAACGGCUGACUUCGAGCGCGUUCGACGCGGACCUCCGAUAUCAAAACUACACGAUCGAGGGGCAAACAUUCCAGUUGAACGACGGAAUCAUCGGGAUGGCUCUAUCUCCCAGGAAUCUCCUUCACUUCAAUCCCAUGAGCUCUCAUAAUUUGAACGCUGUUAACACGCGAGAGUUAUUACGAGGCAAUGAAAUAAAGGGUGAGGAUAUUUUAUGGACUCAAGCGAGUGCCAAAGCAGCGUCGAGGACUGGGGCAAUUUUCUUUGGACUGGUGGGCGACACAUCGAUUGCCUGCAUUAAUGAACAUCGUCCGCUUAAAAGGCACAAUAUCGUGGAGGUAGCCAGGAACAGAGAAACCCUUCAGUUCACCAGCGGCCUCAAAGUGAAGAACGCGAGAAGAGGAGAAGAGUUAUUGGCAUUAACUAACAGAUAUCAAAAAGCAGCAACAGACACUUACAACUUGAGCGAAGUGAACUUCCGAAUAUUGAGAGGCAAUGUGAAUCGAUUGAUAGCUGGUACUGCCUGCCGUGUUAAAUGAUUGAACCUAACCUGAACCUAACCUAAACCGUUUCUCAAUCUUUAUAUUUACAAAAAAGUUGUUUUUGUCAAUUGCGCAUAACGCAAUGAAAUACAUAUACAUAUUUUGAGCUCGCA